AACGAAAACCGAUUGAUGUUAAACAAUGAGUUGAGAAGAAAGUUUAGUGAAAAUAAUGACUACAUGGAGGCACCGUCAACAUCAACAGAAUGGGAUGCUAUGAACACUAACAGCUGUGCAACAAACAUAGAGACCAAAAAUGUCAUUCCUAUAUUGCCGAGCCCAAAACAGGAACAAUUUCUUGCUAAACCAAGCACAGUAGUAGGUUCGAAUGUAGUUAUCUCUCCUAAACGAUCUCCAAAUGUAACGAACCUUCAGCAAAGCUUUAAAGAUCUCGGAGAAACCAUUCACAGCACCAAACGUUUAUCGAACCAAAUGGCAGAAAAGCUUGAUUGUUUGAAUUUUCAACCCAAGCCGAGUAAUCGAUUGGAAAAUUCGAUACAAGAACUUCAUCGGAAUGAACUAUCCUACAUUGAAAGUUUGGCUCACGGCAUUGUUAGUUUUAUUCCAAAAAUGUACAACGCAAACAUUCCGGAAAGCCUUCGUGGUCAAAGAAAUAACAUUUUCGGGAACAUCGAAGAGAUUUACGAGCUUCACCAAGAUCAAUUUUGGCUCCAUUUACAGAGAUGCUACCACGACGGGAGUCAGGUCGUGGAUUGCAUUCUCCACUUCUUGGAGACCGAUAAAUUUGAAUGUUAUGUUCGGUACGCCUUGGGACGCCGCAAAGCGAAUGCAAUUGUGCUAUCCAACAAAACUUUCUUCGGAUCGGAACAGCUCGAUCUGGAUAGCUUCCUACUUCAACCAAUACAACGGCUUCCUCGAUACGAACUCUUUCUAAACAAGCUGAUGCACGAAACUCUACAAUUCGGGGACGAUCAUUACACGAUCGGUCAUACGAGCCAAAUUGACAAGGCUCUGGCGAAACUGAAGGAGCUGAUUCUGCUAGUUGAUGCUGCGAUCAGUCUCAGUGACAUAGUUCAAUGUUCAUCAGUGUUCGUCGAUAACGCGACAUCUUCUGCAGAUUUGAUGCUUGGUCCUGAAAACGAUUUGCCGGCAACUUUGUAUCUCGUUCCAAACAGCAUCAAAAUUCCGUCAAGAAACUACCCGAUUGAUUUACUUGCUCAAGGGAAAUUUUGUCAUACGUGCGAAAUAGACAUUUACGAUGUCAACCAUCUGCGCGUGUAUGGUUCUCGUUUCUAUUUUUUCGAACGAUUAAUCCUGUUUGCGGAAAUCAAAGCUCAGAAUUACUUGCUGUACCGGGGCCACUACUUCAGCGAUGAAAUUGAUUGUAUCGAAAGUGCCGACAAAAUGACAAUCAAAUGCACGGAUAGGACUGUUCUGAAUGUCAUUGUCAAAUUAAAAGACCAAAAGCCGUACCGUACAUUCAAAGAAAAGUUGAAACAGUUUUGCUCCAAAAGUACGAUCCCAAAGCAAUCAAUCCAGAAGAUUCCCGAAAAUGGAAACCCCAUGUUUUUCUCUGAGGACACUAAUAUUUCCACCACAAACAUGAGGUGCAGUACUCUACAACAUAGUUUAAAGGACUUACAGACCAGACAAACAAAUUUCGGAUUGGAGCUUAAAAAACAGUAUGACCAAUACAGGCAAACACUUUCUUUCGCGCAGCUCUCCUAUAUCGGACAGUUUGUUCAAUCCUUUGAAGACAUGCUUCUUUUGCACAAUCAUCAGAUGCCUUUAGAUUUCGGUAGAGUUUCUCCGGAUUUGGCUAGUAUAUGCGAUUUGUUUGAAAAGUAUGUAGAGGCAGAUUUUCCUCGAACGUACUUCAAAUAUCUGAAAGUUUACAAAAGUAUACCCGUUGAUUCAUCAUCAUUGAUUACCUCAAAGAAACCCUUUACGCUGCUUUGCAUCGUCCAGUUGCAAGUUUACGAAGCUUUUCUGAAAAAUGUAAUGAACAUUUGCAUGUCGAGUUCAAUUUACACGGGAUUGCAUCGACUUAUUUGUCUGAGGCAGAAUCUGGAAUAUUUCAAUGGUUGGGUGGGACAGAACUGUAAACUCUUCGAGCUGGACGAGGGAUUGAUACACUGUGGUCUCAUACUUUACGGCCAUAAAGCACAUCUCAAGAAGCCAGGAAAAACGCAUUGUAAGAUAUUCAUCUGCGAAUAUGCAGCAGUUUGCAUAAAAUUGAAUGAAAACUGGUCAAGCGGACCAACAUGGCUUUCUGUUUUGUUUGUCGAUCGUUAUAUCACGAAUACUAAAACCCCUAUUGUCAAAAGCUUGCGAGAUAGUAAAGCAAUCAAGUUGGAAAUGAAUGGCUUAUGCUAUAAGGUAAGAUUUAGAACAGGUGAAUUACGUGAUAUUUUCCAUAGUCAAUACAAGCAGCAACACGCUGCUUCAAAUUCAGGCGCAACCCAGCAAACUGUGCCUCCAUUCAAAAGUAUAGUUUUUAAUUACUAGGAACUUGUA